ACACAACAAUACGAAUAAGUGAAAAUUCGUGGCUCCAUCUAUUUAAAGAGAAGAAGAAGAAAAUAAAAAAGAAGAAGAAUUAAUAAAAAGAAGACAAAAAGAAAAUGUUUUCUUCUUUUUCUAUUGACAACAAUUCUAAUCUUGUUCAGAAUUUAAAUUGUGACCAUUAAUCCGGAUUCAAGGACAAUUCUCUAUCCAAAUCAUAUAAUGUGUUCAGUGUUUCUCUCCGUUAACUAACAUGAUUCCAAUUCGCUGUCAAUCAAUGUUAACUUCAUUAAUCUUCCAACGUAAAGAUUAAUCCUUUGGCUUUUUAUUUUCUAUAUUCUAUUGUGACCUUAACCUUUAGUUUCUAUUUUUUUAUUCUCUCUCUCUCUACUUAAUUGUUGUGAUUAUCCAUCAAUUGUGAUCCAUUGAUUUCCAUCUUCCAUAUUUGUCGUAUUUCUCUCUCAGUGCCACUUUUGUCCUCUUUGUGUCUUCAAUUGAUCAACUUUUUUCCCUCCUCCAUCUUUAAUCUAAUGGAUGAGAAGUGAUAAUUGUCUUGGUAAUUGUUGUUUGUAAUUAUGUGUGUGAUUUAAUUAAUAACCACACACCAUCAUCGACAAUUUAAUUUAUCUAACCAAUUGGUUAAUAAACUACUGAACAGUAUUUAUAUAUAACAAUAAAUAUAAAUCAAAAAGAAGCCACAAUUAAACUUGAGGUUAAAACAAUUAUCCAAACGGAUAAAGAAACAAUUACCAUUGUUAAUCCUCCAUUGAAAAUGAUGACCAUUAAAUCAGUGACAGUGACUCUAAUUUUAACUCUAUUUGGAAUCACUUUGAUUCUGUUUCCCGUCAUUGCCCCUCCACCGGAUAUUACAAUAACCUCUCCUGCUAACACAUUAAUCAACGAUGAUAACAAUAAUGCCAAUAACAAUUUGAUCUCUGGAUCAUCUUCAUCGUCCGGAUCAACAUCUUCCUCUUUCUAUGGUCAACGAUUCCUAGUGACUUUAAUAUCUAAUAUAUUUGAGAUGUUAAAUUUGAAACAAGUGGUCGAGGAUAUUAAGGAAAGUCGAGCCACCGAAGCGACUUGUUAUGCCUGUAAAUUUGGAAUGGCCUUAAUUCAGCAUUUCAUUGAAUAUGGAAAAGGUAAAGAGGAAAUGGCUAAAUUGGCCUUGACCAUUUGUGUGACCCUUAAAAUUGAGGAUAAGGUUGUUUGCCAAGGAAUCAUCAACACCUACAAGGAUGAAUUUGUCGAAGUUGUAUCUCAAUUGGCCUUCUCGCCGACGGAAAUUUGUGGUACAAUUCUAGGAGAUUCGUGUGCCGAAGUUUACAAUCCACUUCACAAUUGGACAAUACCCUUAACCCCAAUCCCUAAACCACCAGUUCCCACUCCACCCUCUGGACGUACAGUCGAUGUCCCCAAAACCAAGAUACUUCAUAUUUCCGAUACUCACGUUGACCUUCAAUAUUUGACCGGUGGUGAUGUUGAUUGUGGUUUACCUCUUUGCUGUAGAUCACCAUUAACUGUACACAAACGACGUCGAUACAAUAAUUCUGGAGCAGGUUACUGGGGAGAUUAUCGAGGAUGUGACAUUCCACUUCGAACACUUCAAGCGAUGCUUAAAGAUGUCCAACGAAACCACCAAGACAUUGAUUAUGUUAUCUGGACAGGAGACAUUCCACCUCAUGAUGUUUGGAAUCAAACCAAAGAGGGACAAAUUAAAUUACUUAAGCAAAUUUCCACUCUAAUUAAUCAUUAUCUUGGUGAUAUUCCAAUUUAUCCCUCAUUGGGAAAUCAUGAAUCUGUUCCCGUCAACAGUUUCCCUCCGCCGUAUGUCAAGGAUUCAUAUUCAAUCUCAUGGCUUUACGAUACACUGACGGAAGUUUGGUCUCAAUGGCUUCCUCAAGACACUCUCAAGACAAUUGCUAAAGGUGGUUAUUAUGCUGUUAAAAUAAAACCUGGAUUAAAGUUAAUCUCAUUGAACAUGAAUUACUGUAAUAAUCUAAAUUGGUGGUUAUUACUUAAUUCAACUGAUCCUGCAGAUGAAUUAACUUGGUUAAUUAAUGAGCUUCAAGUUAGUGAACUGGCCGGUGAAAAGGUUCACUUAAUUGGACAUAUUCCUCCAGGAUCAAAUGAUUGCCUUCAAGUUUGGUCUCGUAAUUAUUAUCGAAUCAUUAACCGAUUUGAAUCAACAAUUACCGCACAAUUUUUUGGUCACACUCAUCAAGAUGAGUUUGUCCUUUUCUAUGACAUUGAAGAUAUGAUCAACAAUAAAGGAUCAUCCCAAUCACCAUUUAGUAACCUUCGACCCACUUCAAUUGGUUAUAUUGGACCAAGUGUAACAACCUUUGGUGGGGUCAAUCCAAGCUACAGGGUUUACUCAAUGGCCACCAAUCAAACCGAUUGGCCUUACACAAUUGUCGACACGGAAACUUAUUUCCUCAAUCUAACCCAAGCGAAUACCGAUCCCAAUGGUGUAACAAAAUGGAGCAACUCAUAUUCACCAUUAGAUGAAUACAAUUUAACUAAUUUAGAUCCAUCCGCUUGGAAUAAUUUAGUCAUCACAAUGGCCUCUAAUGACACUCUAUUCAAUUCAUUCUUCGACAAUUACAAUGUUAAAUCCGAUUUUGCAUCUCCUUGUAAAGAGAAAAAAUGUCGAUUCGAUUUACUUUGCCGUCUAAUUUCAGGUCAUUCUCAUGACACCAGAAUCUGUGAUCAAUUUAUUGAUCAAUACGGUUCCAAAUUGUAAAUAAUCAAUGGACAAACAAUGAAACAGAAAUUGAAAACAACCACCGAUAAACAAAAUCAAACAACAAUUAAAUAAUUGCAAUUAACUCAAAUUCCAAAUAAUAACCAAACAAUAAGAUGAUAAUGACAAUGACUAUGAUCUUAAUCAUUAUCAUCAUUAACUAAUUAUCAAUAAUAUUAACAAAAAAGUCGCGAAACAAUUAACAAAUCACUCUUUGUAUCACAUUAAAGUGGACAAAGUGAUCUAAUCACCACAAUAAAAACGAAUGCAAUAAAAA